AUUAUUUUAUUGAAAUAUAACUCAAAUACCAUAAAAUCACCCUUUAAAGUGUACCAUUCAGUGAUUUGUUACAAUAUUCACAGUUGUACAACCAUCAUCAUUCUAGAACAAAGUACACAUUUUUCUUAAUUUUUCAAUCUGUUUUAAAAAUAGGUAUACAAAACAACAUAAAAAAGUAGAGAUGGAGAAGUCCUCCUCCCCUCAUCCCAGUCACUCGGUUCCUCCCCUCCACUAGGUAACCCCUUUUAUUUCCUAUACAUCUAUUUCAAUGUAGCAUUUCUUCACGCAGAUAUAAGCAAUAUAGGGUCUUUCCCUGUUUUCUUGUGCUAGAGAGGCAGCACACUAUGAAUCAUAUUCUGUCAAUUGUUUUUUUCAUUUAGUAAAGCUGGAGAUCAUUAUGAAGGUAUUACCAUGGCAUAUUUAACAGUCUCCUUACUCUCCAAGUAAACAAAUAUAUCAAUUUUUUCUAGUCUUUUGCUAUUGCAAACUAUGUUGUAAAAAAUACCCUUACAUACAUAUCAUUUCACAUGUGUUAUCAUUUCAUAUGUGUCUCCUCUAAAAUUCAGGUGUUGCCAAAUAGGCCAUGAAGGCUCCUCCAUCACUAAUGGGAUUAAGGCCCUUAUAAGAGGCUUCAUGCAGCAUUUGGCUAGCUUGCUUUCUUGCCCUUCUGCCUUCUGCCAUGUGAAGAUGCAGCAAGAAGGCCCACACCAGACACCAAAUGCCAGCUCCUUGAUCUCAGAUUUAUCAGAGUGAGAAAGUAAGUAUCUGUUCUUUGUAAACUACCCAGUCUCAGAUAUUCUGUUAUAGCAGCACAAAACAGACUAAGACAAUAUGUGUGCAGGUGUAUGUGUAGGAUUAAUUCCCAGAAGUAGGACUGCUAGUUUAAAGAGUAAAUACACUUAUAAUUUUGAAGCAUAUUUCCACAGUCCCAUUGAUAGGAGUUGCAUAAUUUUGUACUUUUGUUAGCAAUACAUGAGAGGGCCCUUACCCCAAUAUGUGUUGUCCAGGACUUGGAUUUUAGCCAAUAUGGUAGGUGUGCAGUUUAAAUUUGCAUUUCUCUUGUCAUGAGUGAGACAGUACAUUUUUCAUAUGUAUAAAAGCCAUUUGCGUUCCUUUCUCUGUGAACUGUCCUUGUCCUUUGCCCAUUUUCUACUGGGUUUCCUCCAAGGAAUACUCUUGCUUACUCCUCCAAGAGUAAUUUAUACUUUAGGGGGUUGUUUCUACGUAACAUCAAUAUGAACUAUUCUUCAAUUUUGCCAUUUGUCUUUGUUUACUGUGUUUUUUGCCAUGCAUAAAUUAGGGUUUUUAUGUAGUUGAAUCGAUCAAUCUUUCCUCUUACGACUAGGGCAUUUUGAGUCAUAGUUGGAAAGACUUUCUCCCCUUUCCCCCACUCUAAAAUUAUAAAGGAAUCUGGUCAUGUUUUAUUCUAAUACCUUGACAUUUUUUCACGUUUAAAUCUUGGAUUCAUUUGUAGCCUAGAGCACUGUCAUCUACCAGACUAAAAAAGAAUACGGAUGAGUAGAUUCUAAACAUUUCUCCCCAUAUUAGAUCUUUCUUUAAAUACAAUCUUGCCCCAUAUAUAAGACAGAUGGAAGGAGAGCUGCCCUGAAGGUGCAGCAGAGACCCUCUUGUGAGUCACACCCUCCCCAGACUCCACGGAUCUCCAUGGAAUCCUUAGGAUGGCUGUAAGCAGAGUGAAGACCACAGAUAUCUGCAGAACAGCAACUAGGUCAAAAAGUCUGAUGAGAAAAAAGUUAAAAGAAGGACUUUCUGGUUUGUCUUGAUGUUUGCCAUUGAGUGUUUGUUGAGGAGGAAAUGAGAAAAGACUGGAGAGGACUUAAGAGUCCCUUUCUGCAGGGGCUCAUCUUUCUUAUCAACAGUCCCCUUUUGCUGAGUUCAUAUGUUCAAGUGAAAAAUUCCUCAUGAUUCUACUAUGAUCUGAUUGGUGUAGUGGAGAAUGCAUGGACCUUGGUAUCACAUAUGAGUUCUGAUCCUGAACACUUACUAGCUGUGCAGCCUCUGGCAAGUCAUUUCUGUUUCACAAUUAGUAGUUCAUCCAUAGUAAAUAACUGAGUACUUUGUAUAUGGAAGACACUGUGCUAACUGACAGAGAUACAAAAACGGAGAAGAUAGAAAUGGUAUUACCUUACAGCAUGGAGGUGGAACCACAUGGUAAACAAAUAACUAUCCUAAUUAUUUAGAUUCUAAUUGUCAUAACAUCUUCAACAGAGCAUGGGGUCCUGCGGACAUGAAGAGCAGGGAGGUUCAGGCUUACUAGUUUAGGGAAGCUGGCCACCAGGUUCAGGUUUGACAGGUGCAUAGGAAAUGGCAUGGCAGAAGGAGGCCAGAGCCUUUUAGGCAAAAGGAAGAGCAAACGCUUAUUAGACCCCAAGGCUGCAGGAGCUAGGCACGUUUGACCACCGAAAGGAAGGCCAAUAUAGACAGACAGCAUCAACCUCACUGUGGUGUCUGUGUUGAGAAUGGAUUGUAUAUGUGUGCUGUGUGAGGGGCAAGAGUGGAUUAGCGGACAUGGGUUAAGAGCUACUAGCAGUCUGGGCAAAAGACACUAGUGGCCUGGGAAACAGUGGUAGUGGAGAGUGGACAGAUUGGUAAGACACACAAAUGUGUUCAGAAAAAUUCUAGGUUUCUGCGUGAGCUGUGGCCAGGUGGAUGUCCAUGCCACUACUGAGAUGAAUUCUGAACAGGAGGAAGUUUGGAGAAAAGCCCCAACAUUUCGGCAGGACAGCACCUCCUGGUGGAGAUGACAAGCGGGAGCCUCACCACAGGCCUGGUUGUGGGAGUGAAAUGGGGACUCCGGGCGCGGUCGGGUGCACUUACUGUGCUAAGACAGCGAGGCCCGGCGGAGGUGGCAAUGGCAGACCUGGUUUCUCGGCGGAGUCCCAGUGGGAGGCUCGGUGUCCAAAAUCCUCAACUAGAUUGGGCAUGCCGUUUAUCUUGUUCCAACUGUUGACAGUAAUGGCACUAGCAAUAAUGUCCUUCCCAGGCAAAGAUGGUUUUUCUUCCGUGUUUUCAGCCACUGCAGAGUGGACAUCUACUAUGAACCAAGUAUCUGCGGCUUUAGGUACCAGAUUCAAACACAGGAUGGUGGCAGAACAGGGACUAGGACGGAGAAAAAACCUGAAGAUGUAUCAACCAGAAAGCAAUGCAUUCUCACAGAGGCACAAAAAAACGCCUCUGAAGCAGAAGAUUCACCUCCACUUCUGCGUCCUUUUGAGGCAACUUUUUGAGCAUCCUCCCCAGGCCAACACUUUUCCACCUUAUUAAACUACCCCGUAGCUUUCUCCAUGGGAGGGGCCUUCUUCACAGUCCUCGGACCCAGUCAGACUCGUGGCCUUCCCAGGCUUCUGCUGGGCCGGCUAUGGUCGACGCCGCACGGUCUCAGGCCCACUUUUCCCGCAGGAGCGGCGGCCCCAGCGGAGCCCCUGUGCGCCCCGGCGAACGUGGUAGGAAUGCAAUCUCCCGCCCCUUCAGACUCUGGCACCCCGUAGCCUUUCCUCAGGCUCCAAGAGUUCUCCCGGUGAUGUGAUGACCGACAUGGCGUCUGGGCUCUGGACACUUAGACUUUACUCCUCCCCGUCCCCCAAACAUGGGGAAACCACACCUUCUCUGCUCCAGUCACCAGCAGCCACUCCCAUUCCUUAGGUAUCCAUUAUUGCAUGUGUAGCCCAUUGCAUGUGUAGCCUACUUCUGGUUUUCAUUUUUAUUUAAGGUCAGUUGUUGCCUGACAACACUGACGAAAGUAACUUAAUUCGAAAGACAACACUUGGAGGCGGCCCCCGCUCCAAGCACCAGCCCAGCAGCUCCCCCGAACUCCCCAGGAGCUCGCGGGCGAGCAACGCCACAGCCCAGAGCGCGCUCCGCGGAACCCCCAGCCCCGGGCGAGAAAGCUCCUUCCGGGCUCCGGGCCCGACUAGGCCAUCCGGGAGGCCCUGGAGCGCCGGGGCCGUAGAAGCCCUGCCCCCCGCUGAAGCCCCGCCCUGCGCCCGAGCGCCCGCCAAUGGCAGGGCGCGGUGCGGCGCGGCGAAGUGGGACGGCGGCUCGCUGAGGAGGCGGUGCGCUCAGGCGGCGCUCCCGGAGAUGCCCCGCGGCAGCCGCGCUCGAGGCUCCAAGAGAAAAAGGAGUUGGAAUAUAGAAUGCGCAUCCUUUCCAGGAGAAAGACCACUGCAGGUCAGAAGAGCAGGUCUCAGGACAGCAGGGGCAGCUGCCUCUCUCUCUGAAGCAUGGCUCAGGUGUGGAGAAGGGUUUCAGGACACUUCUGGGAAUCCGUCAUUAACAGCUGAAGAGAAGACGAUUACAGAAAAGCACCUUGAAUUAUGCCCUAGACGCAAGCAAGAAACCACCACAUCUAAAAGCACCAGUGGGCUUACAGACAUAACAUGGAGUUCCAGUGGAAGUGAUUUGUCGGAUGAAGAUAAGACACUUUCUGAAUUACAGAGAGAUGAAUUACAGUUCAUCGACUGGGAGAUUGACAGUGACAGGGCAGAGGCUAGUGACUGUAAUGAAUUUGAAGAUGACGAGGGUGCUGUGGAAAUCUCAGACUGUGCUUCUUGUGCAAGUAAUCAGUCUUUGACAAGUGAUGAGAAGCUGUCUGAGCUUCCCAAGCCAAGUUCUAUAGAAAUUUUAGAGUAUUCAUCAGAUAGUGAAAAAGAAGAUGACUUGGAAAAUGUCCUACUCAUUGAUUCAGAAUCCCCUCACAAAUACCACGUGCAGUUUGCAUCGGAUGCAAGACAGAUUAUGGAGCAACUGAUAGAUCCAAGGACAAAAUCAACAGAGACCAUUUUGCAUACACCUCAGAAACCCACAGCUAAGUUUCCCAGGACUCCAGAAAAUUCAGCAAAGAAGAAGCUUUUAAGAGGUGGACUAGCAGAAAGACUAAAUGGGCUGCAGAAUCGAGAGAGAUCUGCUAUUUCUUUGUGGAGACAUCAGUGUAUUUCUUACCAAAAGACACUUUCAGGUAGAAAAUCUGGUGUAUUAACUGUGAAAAUUUUAGAGCUGCAUGAGGAAUGUGCCAUGCAAGUUGCCAUGUGUGAGCAGUUAUUGGGGUCACCAGCCACCAGCCCGUCCCGAAGUGUGGCCCCCAGGCCUGGAGCUGGCCUGAAAGUUCUCUUCACCAAGGAGACUGCAGGCUACCUCAGGGGCCGUCCCCAGGACAUUAUCCGGAUCUUCCCUCCCUGGCAAAAACUGAUUAUUCCAAAUGGAAGUUGCCCUGUUAUUCUGAAUACUUACUUUUGUGAGAAAGUUGUUGCCAAAGAAGAUUCAGAAAAAACUUGUGAAGUGUACUGUCCGGACAUACCCCUUCCAAAAAGAAGCAUCUCUUUGGCCCAGAUGUUUGUAAUUAAGGGUCUAACAAAUAAUUCACCUGAAAUCCAGGUUGUGUGUAGUGGUGUAGCCACUACAGGGACAGCCACUACAGGGACAGCCUGGACCCACAGGCACAAAGAAGCAAAACAGCGCAUCCCAACUGGCACUCCCCUGAGGGAUUCUCUCCUGGAUGUGGUGGAAAGCCAGGGAGCUGCCUCGUGGCCAGGAACUGGAGUCCGAGUGGUAGUGCAAAGAGUGUAUUCUCUUCCCAGCAGAGACAGCACCAGGGGUCAGCAGGGGGCCAGCUCAGGACACACAGACCCAGCUGGAACUCGAGCCUGCCUUCUGGUACAAGAUGCCUGUGGAAUGUUCGGUGAAGUGCACUUGGAGUUCCCCAUGUCGAAGGCAAGACAGUUGGAAGGGAGGUCUUGCAGCCUGGUGGGAAUGAAGGUUCUACAGAAAGUCACCAGAGGAAGGACAGCGGGGAUUUUCAGUUUGAUUGACACCCUAUGGCCCCCAGCGAUACCUCUGAAAACACCUGGCCGCGACCAGCCCUGUGAAGAGAUAAAAACUCAUCUGCCUCCUCCAGCCUUGUGUUACAUCCUCACAGCUCAUCCAAAUCUGGGACAAAUUGAUAUAAUUGACGAAGACCCCAUUUAUAAGCUUUACCAGCCUCCAGUUACCCGCUGCUUAAGAGACAUUCUCCAGAUGAAUGAUCUUGGUACCCGUUGCAGUUUCUAUGCCAGGGUGAUUUACCAAAGACCACAGCUGAAGAGUCUGCUUCUUCUGGAGCAAAGGGAGAUCUGGCUGCUAGUGACCGAUGUCACUCUGCAAACAAAGGAGGAGAGUGACCCCAGGCUCCCCAAAACCCUGCUGGUCUAUGUGGCCCCCUCGUGUGUGCUGGGCUCUGAAGUCCUGGAGGCAGUUGCUGGGGCUACCCCUCACAGCCUCUUCUUCAAGGACGCUCUCCGUGACCAGGGUCGGAUUGUUUGUGCUGAACGGACUGUUCUCUUGCUUCAGAAGCCCCUUUUGAGUGUGGUCUCUGGUGCAAGUUCCUGUGAGCUGCCUGGCCCAGUGAUGCUCGACAGCCUGGACUCUGCCACACCUGUCAACUCCAUCUGCAGUGUUCAAGGCACUGUGGUUGGCGUGGACGAGAGCACUGCUUUCUCGUGGCCUGUGUGUGACAUGUGUGGCAACGGGAGAUUGGAACAGAGGCCGGAAGACAGAGGCGCCUUUUCCUGUGGGGACUGCUCCCGGGUGGUCACAUCUCCUGUUCUCAAGAGGCACCUGCAGGUCUUCCUGGACUGCCGCGCAAGACCCCAGUGCACAGUGAAGGUCAAGCUGUUGCAGCGCAGCAUUUCCUCCCUGCUGAGGUUUGCCGCCGGUGAAGAUGGGAGCUACGAAGUGAAGAGUGUCCUCGGAAAGGAAGUGGGGUUGUUAAAUUGUUUUGUCCAGUCCGUAACCGCCCACCCGACCAGCUGCAUUGGAUUGGAGGAAAUCGAGCUUCUGAGUGCAGGAGGGGCCUCUGCAGAACACUAGCAGUUGCCGCAGGAUCUGUGAACUUUGCAAUGUGGCUGCAAGGGUGGUGGUGGUGGUGAUGAUUUGGGGUAGUUAUUUGUUAACUAUGGACACAGUGAACGUAGUUUAUGAUCUUGAAAUGAAACUUAGAUUUUUCUGGGGAAAUGUUAAGAUAUAGUUUUGUGAACUGUAAAUCAAAAUACCUUUUUCUACAGUUUUAUUUUCUGCAAAUUUUGGAACAUAUUUUACUCUUGUUUUCACAUUGAAUCUUAAGUUUAAGCUCUUCAUUUGGUAUUUAGGCAAUAUAUGAGAAAAAAAUUUUUUGUUCAUUUGUAAUUUUAACAAGUUGAACAUUUUACCAUGAUUGAACGUUUUUCUUACAGUAUUUGUUUUAACAUUCCCCCAAAGAAUACCCUGCAAAGUGUAAACCUUUGUCCCAUACUGUGGUAUUACUGUUCUGCUAACAAUAAAUGUCAAACCUAA